CGGGGCGUAGUCUUGUCAUCAUCGUUGUCGUCAUCGUCGUCGAUUUUUACCAAACAAGCAAACAAGCGUUGGUUGAUAAGCUGCUCUCUCUUUACGGAUAUAUCUUGAGCAUUUUGAGAGCGUUUAAAAUGCAGUCCGGGGUCGCGGACCGACACGGGUCCCCCAGCAAGAGGACUCUUGCCCGGGGGAUGAGCGAGGACGAGUCCCUGCGCAUCAUCAUCUCGGAGACGGAGACCCCAUCCCGGCGGCUCGCCCGCAGCGACAGCCGAAGCGGAACUCUUAAGAGGAAGAGUGGAAGUCAGCAGUGUGAUCAGGACAUUUCCGAGACCCUGCCUGACGUGAUGGAGCUGCAGGCCAGCUACGAGGAGGUGGUGCAGGAGCUGCGGGGUCUGGAGCUAGAGCGCGAGGCGCUGCUGUUCCAGGUGGACGUGCUGCAGGACUCCCUGGAGAGCGUGGAGGAGCUGCUGGCCGAGACGCACCGGGAGGCCGGCCAGGCCCGCACGGAAGCGGAGCUGCAGAGGAUGACCAACAGGACGCUGGAGGACAAAGUCAGAGCGCUGACGACUGAAGUGGAGCGACUGAACGAGGAGAGGCACGCCCUAGCUACCCUUCAGAAACACGCGCUCAUUCUGGAGGAGGCAAAGGCCUACAGCACCCUGGACCAGGAGGCACCCAGCACCCUGGACCAGGAGGCACCCAGCACCCUGGCCCUAGCACCCAGCACCCUGGCCCAGGCCCCCAGCACCCUGGCCCCAGCACCCAGCUCUGAGGAGCCCUGGUCCAGUCCUCUCCAGAAGCUGGCGGACAUCACCCUGUCCAAGUUGAGCACCCUGGCGCUGGUGGACCCCCGCCCCCCCGAGGGGGUGCGGGGCCGGCCGGACGGGUGGCGGCUGGAGGAGGAGGAGGAGGACGACGAGAGGAACAACGACACGGACAGCGUGGGGGGCUACGAGGACGCCUCAGCCGACACCCCGGACCUCGACCCCCAGGCCUUCCCGGGGCCCGGGGACGACGACGACGACGACGAGCGGGACGGGGGGGAGGAGGAGGAGGAGGAGAGGGGGGGCGGGACGGACCCCAGGGACCCCAGGGACCCCAGGGACCCCAAGGACCAGGACCCGAACAGCUCCUGCGUUCUGUCUUAAGGCUUAAAGUGUGUUUGUCUCCAGAUGGGUCCUGUGUGUCUUCUGGAGGUUCUGAGGGCCCCACUGCCCCCCCCCUCUCCCCCUCUUCUCUGGGUUCCCAACGUAACGUUCUCAGGAAGGGAGAGGAUCAGAUCAGGGCAGGGAGGAGGAAGAGGAGGGUUCCAGCCUUGGGUUCUCGGUGGAUGAAGGACGCACCGAUGCUCGUACUGUUUAUCUGAACUCUGUGCAUUCCAGCCGUAACGUGUGGGGACACACUCUCCCUCCAACCUGGAGACACUUCUUAGUCCGUUUGGCUUCAGCUUUGUGUGCCAAAUGAAGGUCACUGAGGGAAGGAGAAAAUCGAAAGAAACUUCUUCUCUUAUCAACGGUUAACAGGGAACUUUUUAAUUUGGGUUUUUGGUCAAUGUUUUAUAGCAUGUUGACAAUAAGCUACGCUGUUCGUAGAGAAUGCUGUUUAUCCACUGGGCUGUCGAGUAGUUUUAAAUAGGACACAUAUCAUAUCACCUGGACAAUCUUAAAUCUCUGCUGUCUAAAUACUGUAUGUUUAGAGGCUGCUGUAUAUCCUGUUCAGUUUGCACACUGUAAUUGUUGCCAGUGGGUAAAUCAGGCAGGACACUGUUACCUGCCAAUUAUACGACUAUCAAAGAUAUAUUUAUCUUCUGGAUGGAAGAUGAGAUUUUCUUUUCAACAAGGACCGAUCUUAGUUUAGUUUUGAUAAGAAAAAAUAAAUUAGCCGAAGUGGCCCGCUUAGUGAGGUUUCUGCAGAAUCUGUUUUUGCAGAAUCGUAAACGACAUUCCCCUGAUAGUUCUGUAAGGCUCGGAGUUCGCACCGUUAGCCUAUAGUAGGCUGUUACUCAGUUGCAUGGUUAUGUUUGCACAACUUCUGCAGUAAAACUGAUCAAAUGCCAUUUUUUUAACUUGUACCAAAAGUUAAACCGUUUAGUGGUUGGUUUAGUAAUUCUUUCCCGUCCGUCCGAGGAAACCUUUUCUAUGUUGUCAUCAUCGCUGGUAAUCGCUUGUUGACGGAUGAUUUUUUUAUUCGAUGGCUUCAGUAACGUGUUCUUAACCUUUUGAGCUUUAAGCACAGCGAGCUUAAUAAUGUCGGAUCGUUUUCCUCUUUUUGUAUGUUUGUAGUUUCUCCCUCAUUUUGUAAGUUUAACAAAUUUACCUUCAGAAUAUUUAGGGCUUAGUUUUUUGAUCACCCCUUGCAGAUAUUUGAUGCAUGGAUCAACGAGUAGUAGUUUAUCUUUGACGAUAAGGGAUGUACUUUGUUAAGUUGUUAAGCGCGUCUUUCCAACAACUUGCCUUUAAAUUAUAUUUUGAUGAAGAAAGUUCUUGACAAUAAUGUAAAAAUGGUUAAGGGAUUAUCAUCCUCAUACGGGAGAUUUCUUGAGUGGUGAACAUUUGUAAUUUUCUUUGUGUUUUACUAAAUUAGCUUUAGCAUUAUAUGUAAUCUAAAUGUAAUGUACUAACAUGUGCUCUGGUUUCCACUCAAAUAACCAAAAUAUGUUAUCCUGCCACCUGCCAAUGCUACUUCUUUCCAUGGUUCAUGGACGCACAAAUAGCCUCGACACAUCACUCAUAUCUCUGGUUUCUGAAAAUGAAGAAAUAAAAUGAAUUUGGUGUCACUA